CAACGUACAGUAACGUUUAAAUAAAUAAUACCGAACGCCGGUAUACAAUAAUAACAAUAAUAAAAACCGAGUCGGGCCGCGGACACGACCCCACCCACCCACUCACCCACCCACUGUCACGCAGUCAGUGUGUCCUUCACUUUACCUGCGACAGGACUUUUCCAGGGAAAAAACACAGUAAAUGAAAUGUAUUGAUAAUCGCGAUGCCACACACGUGACGUGUAGAAGUACAUGAUUAGUGACGCGUCGCAUAUUCGUACAGCUUUUUGACAGACAGGUGGAGAAGAAGCGCAGCCGCGGACUGUUGUUUGUCAGUCCGGUUAGAGACGGAAUUCAUGACGGAAUCAAGAAAUUCCUGCUGGAUCCACAUGAUGAUGAUGAUGAUGAUGAACUCGGAGAGAAAACGGAACCGAACACAACAAUCGGCCCGGGUCAUCAUGAAAUGAUCAACUCAAGUCAUUCUCAUCAUUUGUCACACAUGAAAUCAUGGUACUGAACUUAGUCGUUUUAAACUAUAUAGAUGUAGGAUUAUUUCAAUGAAUAAAACAAGUCAAGCGCGCUGCCGCUGCGCUGGUGACUCAUCAUCAUCAAUUAAUUAUUAUUAAGAGCUCAUGAUCGCGGUACGAACUGCUUUGUAAGUUUGUUUCACUUUCGUUUUGCUUCCCGGGAAACGAUCCGAUCGGGAUCAUGGAGGGAAAAGUGUGGAAAUUCCUUCUCCUGCUUCUUCUCACUAAACACACAUUUGGUCAGCAUGUGAUGUACAGCAGACGAAACGGAGAGGUCACACUGACCCCAGCGGUUAACGGAACUUUUGAGGAGAUCCUCUGGAAGUGGAACGGUGACAAAGCCGUUGAGUUUGCUCCUGAUGAAGGACUAACAGAGUACAGGAAAUUCAAAGGGCGAACGACACUGAACACUCAAACGGGAAAAUUAACGAUCAGAAACCUACAGAAAACAGAUUCUGGAAGGUACAAGGCCGAGGUGCUGGUGGGCGGGACCCUUCAGUACUCUGUGUUCGAUGUGACGGUCCUUGACGCUGUGACCCGACCAACUGUGCAGUGUGAGCAGAGGGAUUCUGUAGGGAUUCUACGCUGUCACAGCGAAGGAGAGAUGGGAAAGUAUCGGUGGGAGGGGCCUAAUGAUUUAUUAAGGAACUGGACCGAUCAGCCAAUAGAACUACAGGUCAGCAGCUCUGACUCCGCAUACACCUGUGUGGUGAAGAACCCUGUGAGUGAGGAGAGCAGUGAGGCCUUUCCUGCUGAACGCUGCUUUAAAGAACGUUCUGCUGUCGGUGCUCUUAUUGCUGUCGUCACUGUUACUGCUGCUGUUGGUUUGAUCGCUGGAGCUUACUGUGUUUACCGCAGAAGAGCAACAGCUUUUGCUGACCAGGAGGAAGGGAGGAAGCUACCGGAGCGCAUGGGGCCUCUGUGCCAGCGGGGGUGGAAACGUAUUUGGGAACCAGACCAACAUGUAAAAGAUGAAAAAUUGAUGGAUGAGGAAUCAGCUCCACUGAAGACUAAUGAAGAAAUAAAUACAGGUUCAUGGAGCAAAAACACAUUAGAGGAUGACAGUAAGACAGUGAGACACCUUAAUUCACCAGCAGAGACUCUUGAAAAGGAUGGAGUAAAAGUGAAAGAGAAUAAGUCGAAACAGAAGGACAACAGUAAGAGUUUGGAGCAGAAUGAGCAAAAACUAAGAGAUAAUGAGAAGGAAAGUGAAAAAGUGAUGGAUUUGAAAAUGAAGCAGGAGAACCAAGUAUCAGACACAAACACUGAGAUGUGCAGUCAAGAUAAAUCGAUGGUGGGAUCCAUUAAUACAACAACAGGGGCUAAAGAGAAUGAAGCCACAAAAAUGACGGAUGUGGAUAAAACGGAGAGAAAAGGAUCAGCAGAAACAAACCCGGAGCAGGGGAGUCAAAAUCUGUUGGUGGAUGGUAAUAAUAUACAGGAACACAGUAAAUCAGGAGCAGAUGGAAAUGAGGAGGAAGGUGGAAAAGGACAGAAAGAGAAACAGGAAAAGAGAGCAGAAGAUCCUACGAAGGACUCAGUGAUGGAGAGAAGUGAACCUGCUCCAGACACAAACACUGAGAUGUGCAGUCAAGAUAAAUCGAUGGUGGGAUCCAUUAAUACAACAACAGGGGCUAAAGAGAAUGAAGCCACAAAAAUGACGGAUGUGGAUAAAACGGAGAGAAAAGGAUCAGCAGGUGAGUCCAGCACAAAUCAAAAGACGGCUGAGACGGAAAAUCUGGAUCAGAACGACACACAGACAGGGACUGAUGUGACACAAAGUGCUGGAGAGACAGAUGGCGAAACACAGUCAGAACGCAGAGAUACAGACCAACAUGUAAAAGAUGAAAAAUUGAUGGAUGAGGAAUCAGCUCCACUGAAGACUAAUGAAGAUGUAAUCGUUAAACCUGUAAGUGAAAGAAAGAAGCGGUUUGAACCACCUGCAUGUAGCCCAAAUAACGUAAAGCAUGAGCGCAGAAGUAUUCAAUGGAAGGACAAGACAAGUGAGACUGAAGCGAAGGUGGACGAGCAGAAGGACAAGGACACAGAUCAGGAACCCAGAGCAGCAGAAAUAAAUACAGGUUCAUGGAGCAAAAACACAUUAGAGGAUGACAGUAAGACAGUGAGACACCUUAAUUCACCAGCAGAGACUCUUGAAAAGGAUGGAGUAAAAGUGAAAGAGAAUAAGUCGAAACAGAAGGACAACAGUAAGAGUUUGGAGCAGAAUGAGCAAAAACUAAGAGAUAAUGAGAAGGAAAGUGAAAAAGUGAUGGAUUUGAAAAUGAAGCAGGAGAACCAAGUAUCAGACACAAACACUGAGAUGUGCAGUCAAGAUAAAUCGACGGUGGGAUCCAUUAAUACAACAACAGGGGCUAAAGAGAAUGAAGCCACAAAAAUGACGGAUGUGGAUAAAACGGAGAGAAAAGGAUCAGCAGAAACAAACCCGGAGCAGGGGAGUCAAAAUCUGUUGGUGGAUGGUAAUAAUAUACAGGAACACAGUAAAUCAGGAGCAGAUGGAAAUGAGGAGGAAGGUGGAAAAGGACAGAAAGAGAAACAGGAAAAGAGAGCAGAAGAUCCUACGAAGGACUCAGCGAUGGAGAGAAGUGAAUCUGCUCCAGACACAAACACUGAGAUGUGCAGUCAAGAUAAAUCGACGGUGGGAUCCAUUAAUACAACAACAGGGGCUAAAGAGAAUGAAGCCACAAAAAUGACGGAUGUGGAUAAAACGGAGAGAAAAGGAUCAGCAGAAACAAACCCGGAGCUGGGGAGUCGAAAUCAGCCGGUGGAUGGUAAUAAGAUACAGGAACACGGUAAAUCAGGAGCAGAUGGAAAUGAGGAGGAAGGUGGAAAAGGACAGAAAGAGAAACAGGAAAAGAGAGCAGAAGAUCCUACGAAGGACUCAGUGAUGGAGAGAAGUGAACCUGCUCCAGACACAAACACUGAGAUGUGCAGUCAAGAUAAAUCGAUGGUGGGAUCCAUUAAUACAACAACAGGGGCUAAAGAGAAUGAAGCCACAAAAAUGACGGCUGUGGAUAAAACGGAGGGAAAAGGAUCAGCAAAAAUGAACACAGAUUCAUCCAACCAAAAUGAUUCACACGUUGGUGGUCAGACAGUGGGACGCAGUGACAAACAGAAAGAGAAACAGGAAAAGGGAGCAGAAGAUCCCGAAAAGGAGCCAAUGAGGAAGAGAAAAGGAUCAGCAGUAAUAAACACAGAUUCAUGCAGCCAGAACAGAUCUGAAGGUGACAGCAAUAGAGAGGGAAACAUUGUCUCAUCGGCAGAGACCAGUGAGAAGAAAGCAGAAUCAUUAAUGGAUAAAAUACAGGAGAACAGAGUAACAGAAUUAAAUGCUGAAGAGAGAAGAACAGUUUCAGAAGAAAACAAGAGGGGUGGAAAUAGGCAGAAGGACGACAGUAAGAGUUUGGAGCAGAAUGAGCAAAAACUAAUAGAUGAUGAGACAGAAAGUGAAACAACGAUGGAUGUGGAAACUGAGCAGAAGAAAAGAGUUUCAAGUACUGUGAUGAUGUCACUGCUCAGGUGGGGUUCACAGCAAACAGAUUUACAGCGGACCAGAAAAACAGCGAGCAGCGAAGAAAGAAGUGGUGACGUGUUCCACCCUCAUGGAGGGAAGGAUGAGAACAUGGACUGGACACCUACAGCUGAUGAGAAGGAAGGUGCCGGAAACAGGGAUGUGGAAAUGGAGAAGAGAGGAUCAGACUCUCACAUAAAAAGAAAGAGAUCUGCAGAACCCAGGAGUGACAGGUUCCCCACUCAUAAAAAGCACUGUGGCCAGAUCCUCACAGCUGAUGAGGAGGAAGGUGGAGAACACAUGGAUGUGGAAAUCCUGCAGCAAAUUGAGAAGAAGUAGGAGAAACGGGAGGAGGAAAGACAACGGAUAGAGAGAAAAGAGGACGAGAACAGACCUCUGCAAAGAGGAGGACGAGGAGGAGGAGCAGAAGAACGUGGAGAAGCAGACAGAUCUUAGAUGGAGAAGCAGGAGUAUAUUGUAGAAGGACAACAGUGACAUGGAGAAGGAGCACCUGGAGACCCCUGAAAGGACAUGUGUCACAGAGGACUUUGUCAGUGACCGCAGCACUAACUGGCAUCUUGUUCUACCAUUAAUAUCACACACACACUGUGCAUCUGUGUGUGUGUGUGUGUGUGUGUGUGUGUGUGUGUGUGUGUGUGUGUGUGUGUGUGUGUGAGAGACAGCAUCUUGACAGAAGAUGACUCAGUCCAAGGUAAGGAGCUCAGGUACCUCAGGUAACUGUAUGAGGUCCAGUUAAUAUCUGUUAGAGCAGCAGGGGAGGAGAAAUAAAACUGUGAAUUAAAGUCAUCAGUGGAAUGAAAAACUACUGUAUUUAGUUUUUUUGUACACUGGCAAUUUUUAUGUGUCCAUUCUGUUUGUGGUUUGUUUUAUUCUGUACUUCUGUAAA